AUGUCCCUCACCAGUGCCACCCCACACGAGGCUGCGCAAGCGGCCAAGUCCGCCUCACACUACCUAGCCACGCUCCCCGUGACGUCCCGUAACGAAGCCCUCACCUCGAUCCACGCCUCGCUCGCCUCGUCCCGCGAUGCCAUCCUAGCAGCCAACGCCCGCGACAUGGACUCUACCCGCCUCGCCGCCGCCGACGGCCAGCUGAACCCCUCGCUGGUCUCGCGCCUCGACCUGAGCCGGCCCGGAAAGUGGGAGGACAUGCUGAAGGGCGUGCUCGACGUGCGCGGCCUCGACGACCCGCUGGGCGUGGUGACGCUGCGCACCAAGCUGGACGAGGGCCUGGUCCUGGAGCGCCUGACGUGCCCCAUCGGCGUGCUGCUCAUCAUCUUCGAGGCGCGGCCCGAGGUGAUUGCCAACAUUGCCGCCCUGGCCAUCAAGAGCGGCAACGCGGCCAUCCUCAAGGGCGGCCGCGAGAGCACCGAGUCCUUCAUCGCCAUCAGCACCGCCAUCUCCAGCGGCCUCGCGCGGUGCAGCGUCCCCAACGGCGCCGUCCAGCUCGUCACCACCCGCGACGUCAUCCCGCAGCUGCUGGCCCUCGACGGCCUCAUCGACCUGGUCAUCCCCCGCGGCGGCAACGAGCUGGUGCGCUACGUCAAGGCCCACACCAAGAUCCCCGUGCUGGGCCACGCCGAUGGGCUGUGCGCGGCGUACCUCGAGGCCAGCGCAGACCGGGACAUGGCGGCGCGCGUGGUGGUCGAUGCCAAGACGAGCUACCCGGCGGCCUGCAACAGCCUCGAGACGCUGCUGGUCGAGGAGGCCGCGCUGGAGACGGUGUUCCCUGCUGCGGCGGCGGCGCUGCUCGCAGGGGGCGUUGUGCUGCGGUGUGACCCCCCGAGCAAGGCUGCCCUUCUCGGCAGCAACGUGUCCGCCGCCUCGGCAGCAGAGGGCAGGGUGGAGGACGCGCGUGCGGUGGACUACGACACCGAGCACCUGUCGCUGGUCCUGGCCGUCAAGACGGUGCCGGGCCUCGACGCCGCGGUCGAGCACAUCAACACCCACGGCUCGCACCACACCGACGUGAUCCUGACGGCGGACGAGGACCACGCCGAGAGGUUCAUGUCCGCCGUUGACUCGGCUGGUGUCUACUGGAACGCCUCGACGAGGAUGGCGGACGGCAUGCGGUAUGGGUUCGGCACCGAGGUCGGCAUCAGCACCAACAAGAUCCACGCCAGGGGGCCCGUGGGUCUGGAGGGCUUGACCAUCUACAAGUACAAGGUGAGGGGCACCGGCCAUGUGUCGGCCGUGUAUGGAGAGGGACAAGGGAAGAAGAGGUUUCUGCACGAAAAGAUGGACCUGUAA